AUGCCCGGUCGAACACUACCGACCUUUACCCUCGCCGAGGUCGAGUCGCACAAUACCAAAAAGUCGUGCUACGUGACGGUCGGGAAGAAUGUCUACGAUGUGACUGACUUUGUCGACGCCCACCCUGGAGGCGGUGACCUGGUCCUCGACUACGCUGGCAAGGACAUCACCGAUAUCCUCAAAGACGAGGCGUCACAUGCGCACUCCGAGGCGGCAUACGAGGUUCUCGACGACUCUCUGGUUGGGUUUCUGGAAGAUGCCUCCAACGGCGCGAGCGCAAACGGCAAGGCAAAGGCGAAUGGACAGGCCAACGGCACCUAUGUGCAUCCCCGAACGGGUAUGUCCUGUGAGGAGGAUCUCAGCAAGGAUACCGACAUUACCAGUGACUACAAGACACACAAGUUCUUGGACCUGAGCAGACCACUCUUUCCCCAAGUGUGGUUCGGUGGCUUCAGCAAGGAGUUUUACCUCGACCAGGUCCAUAGACCACGCCACUACAAGGGCGGUGCUUCUGCGCCACUCUUUGGCAACUUCCUUGAGCCUCUGAGCAAGACGCCUUGGUGGUUGAUUCCUGUGUUCUGGCUUCCGCCUGUUACUUAUGGCCUCUACCUUGCCAGCAGCGGGCUGACUGCUGUGGGAGAGGUGGCCUGUUUCAUUGGAGGCCUGGGUUUCUGGUCCAUCGCCGAGUACACUCUGCACAGAUUCUUGUUUCAUCUUGAUGAAUGGCUGCCCGACAAUCGUGUCGGCAUCACCCUGCAUUUUACCCUCCAUGGCAUCCACCACUACCUGCCCAUGGACAAGUACCGGCUGGUCAUGCCCCCGGCACUUUUCGCCGUGCUUGCUACUCCCUUCUGGAAGUUGGCACACACCAUCUUCUACUGGGAUUGGAACGUGGCUACUGCGGUCUAUUGCGGUGGCAUCUUCGGGUACAUCUGCUACGACUUGACGCACUACUUCCUGCACCAUCAGAACCUUCCUCUCUGGUACAAGCAGCUGAAGAAGUUGCACUUGGAGCACCACUUCCUUGACUACGAGAACGGCUUCGGCGUCACCAGCCCCUUCUGGGACAAGGUCUUUGGCACCGAGCUCAGGGGCGCCAAGCCCGGCAAGAAGAGCAACUGA